UAAACGGAAGAAGAUGGAUGGAUGGACAAUGGAUGGUUGACUGCUACCAAAGCCAGAGAAUAUAUUGCAGUAAUUUCUUUAAUUAUUUGCUUUCUGCUGUUAUCUUUUGCAGAAUGAGAUCCUCAGCAGUUCAGAUGGUUUGUGUGGCCCUUGGGGCCCUCGGCCUGAUUGGGGUCAUCAGGUGUUGCACCAGUCCUCAGUGGACCAGUGCUUCAUUCACUGGAGCAAACAUUGUUACUGAACAGGUGAUUUAUGAAGGUCUAUGGAUGGAAUGCGUGAUGCAAAGAACUGGACAGAUGCAGUGCAAAGUGUACGACUCCUUUCUGGUACUAUCCUCUGACCUUCAGGCUAGCCGCUCCAUGACCAUCAUCAGCUGCGUCCUCUGUGGGCUCAGCCUCCUCAUCUUGUUUUUGGGUGCCGACUUCACCGCAUAUGUUCAGAACGAAGACACCAAGCCCAAACUCAGCCUGGUGGCCGCAGUGGGCCUGAUGCUGGCCGGCCUGCUGGUGAUCAUCCCGGUCAGCCGGGUGGCACAUACCUUAAUAAGAGAUUUCUACAACCCUACGUUAAUGAAUCCCCAGAAGAGAGAGCCGGGAGCGUGUAUCUAUAUCGGCUGGGCAGCCGGUGUGAUAUUGAUCCUGACUGGAGUUCUGCUCUGCUGCUUCAGCAGACCCAGACCCAGCAGCUCUAAUACAACCACCACGUACUACAGCAACAGAGCUUCAGGUCCAAACGACGUUGUAAUUUAGAGGUUUUAUGGAAGGGGCUGGUGUCCAAUGGACAGGCAGAUAAGGGAGUAGAGUUGAUAAAAACCAUGAAGACGACAACAUAAUUUUAUUUGUUGGUGCUUGAAGGAUUGUAGUUUGUACAUGUUCAUUUCCAAUAUUUUGAAAUGUUGCUUAAAAUGUAAGUUUAAAAACAUACGCAUAAACAAGGUGCAAGAUGCAAAAGUCUUUCUGCAGGAAAAUAAGAUUUCAGUCACAAUUUUUCCAAGACAACUUAAAUGACAAUUGUGUUUGCUUAUAUAAUCCUGUUCACUUCUCUGUCAUUUCUUUUUGUUUUGUAUUCAUUUAUAGAAAGCUCCCAACCAAAUGGGCCUCGGGAAAUAAUUUUAUGAGUGUGUUUCUCAGAUUCUCUUCAGCUUCUGCAUUGCUUUCUACUGACGAAACAUUUACUAUAAGUUGGUUUGUUCUAUUUUUGUUUCUUUACAAUGAUCAGCAUAGAUCAUUAA